UUGUAGAGGGCGUGACGAGAUUCAAAUUUGAAAUGUGACCUUUCGUCGUCCCAAUAAAAGAAUGGAUGCGAACUACGUAGACGUAGGUUCGGAAUUUGUUAAUGUUUAUAUUAACAGUAAUAAAAGGAAACUUUUAAAAGUACAUAAUACCAUUAUAUCGCUGGAAAGUAAAUAUUUGAAUGCAAAAACGUCGAUAAAAAGAACGACAAAUGCCAUUAAAGAUGAGCUCAUGGGUGAAUUGGAAGUCACUUAUCGAUCGAAACUACAGUUUCUGCUUGAUUUUCAGAGAAAAGUCGAGGAAUACCUGUCGAACCUUUUAAAUAUCUGCAGUAAUUACCACCGUUUGCGCGAUAUCUUGAGACUCGCAGAGAAUAGUCCCGACAAAGUUCUUCUUCUACAUUAUAUUCCUCUGGAUUUUAUACCGCAAGACAUUUCGAUAGCCAAAUCGGCUAUUGGUUAUCUCAAAACGUGUACUUAUUUGCCAGAGGAACUGACUCUUGCUACAUUCGAAGUGGAUAAGUAUUGGUUAGAAGUGAGAAAUAGCAAGCCUUGGCAAUCUCUUUUAAUGUAUUCUCUAACUGUUUUUGCCGAAAAUUUUGUAGGCAGAAAGUUUUAUGGGAAUGUCAUUGAUAGAAAGAAUGGUUUGUAUUUAAUUACUUUGCAUAACAAUUUCGGUAUUGAUUACAAAGUCUCUGUUUAUUUGUAUGGUCGUCAUGUAAGAAACAGUCCAUUGAUAAUAAAAGUUCCACCUCUUAGAAGUGACAAAUAUGGAUCUUACUAUUUAGAAAACGCACGUGUAGAAACUCCAACACUUAAAAUAGUUGAAAUACCGAAUCAGAAUGAAAAUAUUCCUAAGCUCAUCGACGACGGUAUUUGCAGUUCAUUCAAUACAGAUGACAUCAGCUCAUUCUUAAAGUGUGAGUGGGACAAAAGUAUAAGAAGUGCUAGCAGAAUGGAUAAUUUGAAGAUCGGUGCUACUGGAGGAGAUGAGUUUUGGUCUCCGCAAACAGUUGAGAAUUUAAAUGGCUCGACAAGAGAUGAUUGUACUCGUGCUCGCAAAAGUUUGAAAUAUACUGAUGACGAUGAUGAAGAGAAAAUUGUUCCAGUCACUGCCAAACUCACGCAUGUGAUUUCUAAUCAAUGCGGAGUGGAUCUUAAAAAUCCCAUCGGCGUCGCCGUGACUAAUAAUAAAGACGUAGUUAUAUGCGACACAGGAAACCACAGAGUUUGGAUCGUGGACGAAACCGGAAAGACAAAGGCAAUAUUUAAUACCACGGAUCGAGGUAAGAGUCUUCGCAGGCCUUCGGCAGUCAUUAUACUUCAAAAUGGGGAUUUAGUUAUCAAAGAUAGUAAUUCGCUUCACUUUUACGAUUCUAAUGGAAUAUUCAUGAAAAGUAUUGGCAAUAGAAUAUUAAACAGACCUUUCGGGUUGGUGCUGACGGAAAAUGAAAAGUUAGUGACUCUAUGCGAGAGUAGGCAUCCGAAGUUGUUUGUGUUUAACAAAGACGGCCAGUUGGAAAGUAAGAGCUUUUAUCAGCCGCUAUUGAACAGGCCAGAAAAUUCGAAAUGUCGUUUCAUGGCCACGUACAAAAACGAGUUGGUCGUAUCCGAUUUAGGAUUAAGCACGAUGUAUAAGACUAAUUUAUUGGGUGAACAAAUCCAAGUUUUUGGCUCUUACGGCCGAACUCCCGGAAAUUUCAACGAACCGUCGGGAAUCGCAUUAGAUUCCAAAGGUACUAUGCUGAUAGGAGAUAGUAGGAAUGAUAGGAUUCAGAUCUUCGAUUGGGACGGAGAAUAUUUGGACGUAGUGCGGUUUUUGGAACCCAUUCGUAGGCCUUCGGAUAUCACCUUAACUUCCGACGGUUACCUGUACGUUCUUAAUUACCUAGACCAUUUUCUAGGUAUUUAUAAAUUAGAGAUGGACGAAGAAUAAGACUACAUACAAUACACACGUAAUAUUUGUCAUAAAUUACAUAGAGAUAUGUUCAUUGUGUCCAUUGUUUAAUGUUUAUUUAAUAUAAAAUAUAUUGUUCCUUUUUCUGUCUGCAAGAAAACAGACAAUUUAAAUUGUUUCAACAUUGUGUUUAUUUGAAAAAUUCCAAUUUGUAUUUGUUAUAUUUGAAGUUUUUAGCGAUUUUAAGUGUGCGAUUGGCAUAAUAAAACGCAAAAAAUAAUUUAAAUACUUUAAAAAUGUACGUAAAGUUUCAUGUAUAAAUAAA